UGGGCCUUCCAAAUGAGGCCAUCCCCACAUACACACACACAAAAAACCUUCCUAUUUUAACUCAACCUAGAGACAGAGAUAAUGAACAAAAACAAAACUCAUCAAUGAACAAGAUCCAACACUCAACCAUCCCCACCAAUGGCAUUAACAUCCACGUCGCUUCCAUUGGUUCCGGUCCGGCGGUUCUAUUUCUCCACGGCUUCCCGGAGCUCUGGUACUCAUGGCGCCACCAGCUCCUCUUUCUCGCUUCCAAAGGCUUCCGAGCCAUAGCCCCUGACCUCCGCGGCUUCGGCGACUCCGAUGUCCUGCCGUCUCCCUCCUCCUAUACCCCUCACCACAUCGUCGGCGACCUCAUUGGCCUCCUCGAUCAUCUCGGAAUCGAUCAAGUUUUCUUGGUUGGCCACGAUUGGGGCGCUAUGAUGGCUUGGUACUUUUGCCUUUUCAGGCCAGAUCGAGUCAAAGCUUUGGUCAACUUGAGUGUCCAUUACACUCCUCGGAAUCCGUCAAUCUCGCCUCUCGCCGGCGUCCGCCUGUUGCUCGGCGAUAAUUUCUACUUUUGUAAAUUUCAGGAACCUGGAGUAGCGGAAGCCGAUUUUGGAUCUGUAGAUACGGCUACAAUGAUGAAGAAAUUCCUGACGAUGAGAGAUCCAAGCCCUCCGAUUAUACCUAAUGGAUUUAAAACACUAGCGACUCCAGAAACAUUACCUCCAUGGUUAACAGAAGAAGAUAUCGAUUAUUUCGCCUCCAAAUUCGGCAAAACUGGCUUCACAGGCGGAUUCAACUACUAUCGUGCUACUGACUUAAGUUGGGAGCUUACAGGGCCAUGGACUGGGGCACAGAUCAAAGUUCCUACGAAAUUCAUAGUGGGGGAUCUGGAUAUGGUGUACCAUUUACCAGGUGCGAAGGAGUAUAUUCAUGGCGGCGGAUUCAAGAAGAAAGUACCGCUUCUGGAAGAAGUGGUGGUGAUAGAAGGAGCAGCUCACUUCAUUAACCAAGAAAAAGCAUAUGAUAUAAGCUCCCUCAUCUAUGAUUUCAUCAAAAAGUUCUGAAUUUCUGAAUAUUUCUCUGCUUUUCCUUUCCAUGCGGAAGUUCAAUGACAAACAACUCUUCAACAUCAUAUCAUAUCUGUUGUGGUAUGGAUAUUCAAGCAGAUUUUAUGUUUUCAGAUUUAUUAAAUUUAGCGAAUAUAGACCGCAUUCAAUUUCUGAAAA